AUGAUGAUUCGUGAAAGUGUCCAAGUGUUGAUAUGUUUGAGUGUGUUGGUCAGCAUGAGUGCAUCACUACACAUGAUCAGAGAUGCUUACCAUCGGCCAAUAAACGAACUGAGCAACAACAACAUAAACCGCGAUAGUCUAGUUUACGAUUCAACUAAUACAAAAAUAAUUCCAGAAAAUGGCCUGAGUAUGCGGGCGACACGAAAUCCAUUAUCAAACAAUCAAAAAUAUCAUGAACUAUUCCCAUCGUCGGUGUCAUCCUCAUCGUCGGUGUCAUCUGCAUCUGGUUCCAGCUCUAGUUCAUCACCAUCGUCCACGCUACCACUUUCAAUGUCAUUUCGUAGUGGCUCUUUGGCGCGGUCAUCGGUGACAGAUACCAAUGGUAGAUAUCGAUGGCAAAAACAGACGCGGUCUUGGAAAACCGUACCUGCACCUGCACCUGCACCUGCAUCACAGCCAGCAACUACAAUUCAAAAUAAUACUGAUCAAAGCAAACAACCACAACAAAAAAAGCAACGUAGAAGUCAAGCAAUCCGAUCGCAUAUGAGUAAAAGAACAUCAAAUGCGGCCCACAUGGAUGAUGAUGAUGAAGGAAAUAUGGAUAUGCAUGGUUACAAUGAUCGUAAUUUUAAUGAUUACAAUGACAACAGUGCUGAUCACAUGGGCAUUACAGACGAUGACUUAAGCCAACCACCGAUAGCUAAAGGAUUACCUACCAAAUUCAUGUUCCGAGGGAUGCGAGGGCAACGUCAAUAUGAUGUACCGCAAAUAGAAUGUCCGCCAGCGAUGGAUGGAAUGGAGAGAUUUGCAUGUCCAACACCAGAUCGACAGGGCAGAUAUCGGUGUAUAGACGAUCAUGUGCUUUGUGAUGGUUUUAUUGACUGUCCCGAUGGUGAAGACGAGGAACGACAGGCCUGCAUGUUCUACAAAACGACAAAAGCACAUUUGGACGUACUGGCAGAUGCUUUAUUGAGGUGGGCGAGGGGUCGUUAGCUAGAUUCUACUAUAAAUUAGAUACGUAAGUUCUAUUAAAAUAAUUUUGAAUCAAUAUAUAAAAGCAACAAACAGACAAUGAAAUCAAAAACAAAGAACUCAACUGCAAAUGAAAUUUAACUCAAAGAAAACACAUACAGAGAGACAAGUUGUUGAGCAACAAAAAAAAAAUAACUUGAAAACAAUUAAACAAUGAAUUUUAAUUUAAAAUGAUCUCAGCGUGUAAAAAAGGGAAUGGUAAAAUUAACGAGACAGAAGCUAAAGAAGAGCCGAAUAGUAUGCUGGGUAAAUAAAUGAAAAUAUCAUUGAUAAAAGCUAAAACGUAGAAUGAAAAUUAAUUAAUUAACAUGAGAAUGAAUAAAAGUAUUAUGACUGAGACAAAGUCGUUGAAAAAAAAUAGGAAACCACAAUAUAAAACAACAUUUAAAAAAACACAAUCAAAAAAUGAUGUAAAAGCAAAAAAAAAAAAACGAACUGACGAAUGGGACAUUGCAAGUCCCAGUUUGAAGAGAAAAAAAGAUGAUUUAGGACUGGAAACAGGAAAAUAUAUAGGAAAGAUAUUUAAGAAUUGAAUGACAGAAUUUUAAUCGCAAGUUAAUGUUAUUUUCUAAAAUAGGAUAUUCCACUUAGAAUGGUGGUGAAAACGGAUGACAAAGAUAAAAAAAAGUGAAAUUUAAAAAGAGAAAUGAAUUAAAUGAAACUCACCCGUCAUUACAACGUAAAAGGAGCGAAUACAACAAAAGCAUAGCAUUCAAUUUAUUGGUGAAUGAAUUCCAAAAUUAUAAACGUACUAUCUACACCUCAAUACACGUAACACACACAAAAACACAUGAACAUGUACACUUGAAUUCGUUUCAAAA